AAAAACUGCAAUAUUUAUAGUUUCUUUCCAUAGUUGCAUAAGUAAAUCAUAUAAAAGCAAUAGCAUGGACUAGUCAGUCAUUAUGCUUCCUCCAAUAAAUGUCUUUUCCAUUUUUCCCAACAUUUUUGAUGUUACUAUAUGAAGAGAACUAGAUGAAGCAUUGGAAAUCAAUGUGGAGUUAAAAUAUAAUCCCUAGAGGCUAGAGAGGUGGCUCAAUGGUUAAGAGCACUGACUGCCCUUCCAAAGGAUUUUCUAACUAUAUAUACAUAUAUAGAUAUCUUGUCUCGCAUAUGUAAGGCCUGGGAUUGAUCCCUAGAACUCCCAAAGAUGUAUAGAAUUACAUCAUAUGAACAGUAAUAAUCAGACAUUUACUUGCAUGAAGUUAUUAAUAAUUCAGGCUAUAAAUUGUUUUAAUAUUAUACCUAUACAGAACAUUAUUCUGUUCUUAGAAUUCUUUGGGUCAAUAAUUCUCUUGAUUAGAGCUAAAAACAAAUAAUUCCAUUCUUUCAGUAUUCAUUAGGGUCUGGGAAAGUACUAGACUCUUGGCUUAAAGAAUCACACUAAAAAAAAAAGGAAUGUUUCAGCCAAACUCUGAAAAAAACAUGAGUUAAUCAGGACAAGUGGUGAAUGGCACUGCAGGCAGAAUUCUGAGCACAUGCCAAGUUCACAAGUGACAAAGUGGUGAUCGUGUUGAAUCAGCUGGUACUAGAGCUCAGCAUGCACCAGACCCUGGGCUUGACCCUCACCCUACAGAAAGAAGAGGAGAAAGGAGAAAGAGGCAAAGAUAGGCAAGAGACAAAGAGAGAACUCAUAUUUUGAGGUUAUAAUAGAGGUGCAUGCCUGUAAUCCCAGAGCUCAUAAUGUGGAAUCAAGAACAUCAAGACUUGAGAGCCUACUUCAGCUACAAGAGACCCUAUCCAAAACAACAAUAAUAAUAAUAAUAAUAACAGGUGAAUCAGAGAACACAAAUUAAGAGCUUAACUAGAUAAGAGAUUAGAAAGUGAGAUGCAUCUGUGUGUUAAGAAAUAUAAGCUUUGAGGCAAUCAAGAUGGCUUAGAAGGUAAAUGCACUCGCCACCAAGCUUGACAAUGUGCAUGUGAUCUCCAGGAUCCAUGUGGUCAAAGGAGAGAAACAACUAUGUCCUCUGACGUCUGCAUGCGGUCUGUGGCAUAUAUGUAAGGAGGCAAACACUUCCCUCCGUUUAAUUAGUUUAAUUUGGCUUACAUGUACAGUGAGAAGAGAGUUGUCGGUAGGAAAGUUACAAAGGAAGCCAAGAGUUAAACAGGAAGAGACUGUUAAGUAAGGUGUUCUAGAAAUAAUUAGUGAAAAAAGUUGAAGCAAGCUCCCAAUAAUAUGUUUUGGAAGUUUUCCCACAUUUACAGACUAAAUGUGGGAAAAUCAGAUAAUCUGGUACUUCAAUUAUCAAAAUGAUGACUUCUUCAGAACAAGGAGGGAAAUAGAAGAUGAAGAGUUGGGGAUGAUUGCAGAGUCAGGAUUUGGUCAGCAAAUUGCAGGCAAAAGAGUGAAACCAUUAUUAUAAAUAAGAUGCAGAUAAGAAGGCAGAUCUCGUGUUAAGCUUUUCACUACAGUGAAAAGAAUAUGACUAUGGGGAAAGAGUGGACAGAUUUAGGGGGAGAAUGGUUGAAAGGAAGCUAGGGAGAGUUGUAAGUUUGAAAUGCAGGGUUCUCAGGAUAAGAAGUCUAGGACAUGAAUAUAGAUGUGACAGUCUCAUCACAGAUAAAAACAAAACAGUGGUUGGUAUCUAUCGGUGGUGGCCUUGAGUUAAGCAAGCAAUCAAACAUUGUAUGGAACAAGACACUAUCCUAAUAUAGGAGCAUUCUUUAGGGCAGGCCACAGAACAGUUGGAAGCUAUUCUUUGCUGAGUCCAUACCUCCUACAAAUGACAAUACCACUGAAAACAAUGUGAUCACAGUAGAUGAGCUACUUCCCAAGGAGCUAACAUAGAAAGGUACCCCAAUGCUGAAGUAAUCCAUUGAGAAGGCUAAGAGGAUAUGUAGAACAUCACAGUCAGUUUACACAAGAUUCUGUGAGGAGUUCUCGUAGAGUAAAAAAAGAGAGGCCAAACUCAAAGCUUCCAAAAGGCUGGCCUUAAGAAUGAGCCUGCAAGGAGCAACCCGAGAAGUAAGAAAACUAAAGCCUUUAAAGACAGUGGUCAAAUCCUACCUUGACAGUUACUGGGUAAGUGGUUCAUCAUAAGCAAAGCAACAUGUUGAAGUGAAACAAUCUACAAAUGUAUGUUAAGAAACCAAAGUUGGAGACAUGAAGACUGUAUGAUUUUAGAAUACUCUAGGAAGGCUUUUUGGACGACAGAUGGCACCUAAUGGCCAAGGCAGGCAGGGCUCAGAGGGAGCUUUGAAUUUAAAACUUCAGAACUACUUAACAUUUUUGUACAGAGACCCUUCAUUUUCCAGUUUCUUUUUCUGUAUAUCAACUAUUAUUUUGUGUUGAUAAGGCAUUGUCCAUUUUAAGAAACACUUCUUUUGCAAAAUAAAUGAAAACAUGGUGGUUUUGUAGGAGGAGCGGCAGGCUGCAUUCCUGCUGCCCGGCUCCUGGCCGCCUGGAUAGCUUAUGCCCCAAAAUAACAACACACAAAUUGUAUUCAUUUAAAUACUGCCUGGUCCAUUAGUUUCAGCCUCUUAUUGGCUAACUCUCACAUCUUGAGUAACCCAUUUCUAUUAAUAUGUGUAGCACCACAAGGUGGUGGCUUACGAGGAAAGAUUCAGCAUGUCUGACCUGGUGGCUGGAUCCAUGGCGUCUGACUCAGAAAGGAGAGGCAUGGCGAUUGCCUCACUUCCUCCCAGCAUUCUGUUCUAUUUACUCUGCCUACCGAAUCUGUCCUAUCAAAGGGCCAAGGCACUUUAUUAACCGUUGAAAUCAACUCAAAACAGAAGAAGGUUAAGAUUUUCUUUAAACUGUCCGAAUAGCUUCAGUUCUUUGGAAGCAAACAAAUAUGCUAUCAUUUUAGCAGAUGGGUACUAAAAUAAUAAAUAUUAUGUAUUGUAAUUGUGAGAAAUAACCUACAUUCUGUAUUAGAAUACCUGGUUUUCAUAAUAUACUUUUGGCUGUGACAUUGUGAUAUUCAUGUGUAUGUAUGUAUGUGUGUGUGUGUGUAUAUAUAUAUAUAUAUAUAUCUUUAUUUGAAAAGCCAAUAUGUAUAAUCUAUGAGAGAACUUGCCAUGAUUAACUAAUAAAAAGUUGAACUUCUCUCCCCAAAUAACUAACAGUGAUAAAUAUUGUAUAUUAAGUAUACAAUGUGAUAAAUGCCAUAUAAUAUGAAAUUUUAGACUAUUAAUGAUCACUUAUUGGUUUUGUGGAAAUAAGUUUCUUUCAAAUGUUUUUACAAAGAUUAAUAAGCUAUUGUCAUGUUACAAAUACAUUUCAGUGGAGUAUAAACCUAAAGUAGUUAAGAAAUAAAAUAUCAUGAAACAGUUCCAAAGAAGCAAAGGUUAGCAGUACUUGUGCUAGGGACUGAGAAGCCCUUUGCACAAGCCCUACCAUUAGCCACAGCCUCAGCCCAAGAGGUGGCUCUAACAUAGAAUGCUAAUUGAAAAUAAAAAUAAAAAAUUAGAAUCUAAAAGAAAAAUUUGUUUAGAAAAGUGAAGGCUAAUUCUUAAGCCUCAAUAAAAAGAAAUGGCGAAUAGGAUUUUAGGAAUAUAGAAACCUCUUUAGGAAGUAAUGAGAUAUAAAAAUAUUAAUAAGGUAUUAACUUUUAAACUAUAAGAAAUAACCAGCCUUUCAUCACAAUGAGUUCUUAGCACAAAGCUAAUCGGCUUGGCAUAUCUGGUGGAUGGAGAGAAGAGGGCAUAGCUCUCCUGCAUUAAACUCUCUGGAACAGAUUGAUUUUUGUUAGACAGCUAUCUCCAAUAUCCAUGUAUUUGUCAUGAGGGAGUCCAUUUCGAACCACCCACUACCCAGAGGUGUCUGCAUAUGCUCUUCACACUAGUUAGUGGUUUAAACUGGAUUUUCCAGCCGAUACCCAUGCAGCAGACUUUUGAAAGGAGAGAACACGUGAGCUCGAGUCAGCUGGGUACCUGUUUCACUCAGUCAGUGUGACCAAUGGAAGAUCAAGCAUCUACCCCAAAGGAUAAAAUCAAUCAAAGGCCUACAGGCAGCCCAGUAAUAGAGUGUUUUAAAUCUUAAUGAGGUUCUUUCUACUUGCCUGUCCAAAUACUUUCCCACCUAUGCAGAUCCAUUCCUGCCUGUCCAGCUCUCUCCAAUCCUGAUCCCUACUUACCUGGUCAGCUGUCUUCUUCACAGGCCCCAUUGCUACCCCAUCCUCCCCAAAAUCUUCCUGACUACCCUGGUGUUUGUCCCACCCACCAGACCUGUGUCCAUCUAUCUGUCCCCUCCACUCUUCCAAAGACCUUUCUACCGGCCCCAUUACUAUCCUAUCCUACCAGAUAUCUCCCUCACCCUCCAGCCCCAGUUACUUCUAGUUUUUCUAGCAGUUUUCCUAGUCUGCCAGCUCCUAUUCCUUCUGGGCUACCUGUCCUUCAGCCUCACCAAUCCCAGAGUUCUCCCAUUAUUCCUGAUCCUGACUCACAGAACAGAUUGUUUUAUAAAACUUUCAGACCCAAACAUUUGCUUGCGGCGCAGCCUUCUACCCCCGCAACUCUAAGGCCUGCCCUGAUCCGCCGUUCUCUUCCAGCUCGACUGGUUCUUUCCCCAACCCCUUUGGAAGUUCUCCCUGUUUUGAAGCCUUCCAGUUUAUCUAGUCAUCCAGUGCGACCAGCCCCACCCCUCCCUUGUAUCACUCCUUUGCCUGAACAUUCUGCUGGGUUUGAUGCUUGUCAGUCAGUUCAGAAAUCUGUUCCACAAGCCAUAACACUGUCAAAUCAGCCUCAGGCCUCUGUAGACCAUCUGCCUGCCUUGAUUCUCCCCCACCCACCUCCAUGUCCUUCUCCAUCCUCUACUUUGCCUUCAUCGCCUUCUGCUUCCACAUCCUCGUCACCUUUGGUAGUCGUUUCUUCCUCUUCAUCCAGACUUUCUUCUCCUCCCCCCUCCCCUCCCUUACCUAGUCCAUCCGUCCCUCUUUUGCCCUCUCCUUUGCAUUCACCAUCUUCUCCGUGCUUGCCUCCAGCUUACCUAGCUUUUCCUUCUCCGGCGUCUCCUUCUCCCUCUUCUUUUAUGAUUUCUUCUUCCUUUCCUCCCAUGCUCCAUUCUAUCUCCAUUUCUGCCUCCCCAUCUCCUUUUACUCCUAUUCAUCCCUUCAAUCCUCCUCACUGGAGGAAGAAAGUAGAGAAGAGGAGAGAAGAAGGUGGAGUAGAGAAGAAAAAAUUGAGAGACGACAACUUUAAAGAGCUAUAGAUUCUGCCUUGCCUUCAGCGUUGUCUAAAAAUGAUUACAAACAUCAAAAAUACCUCGUACGCAGAAUUAACCAUGAUAAAGAAAUGACGGAAAACAACAUAGCAAGCCUAGCUACUAACAAAAAUGUGUUCCAGCUUAAAGUGGAGGAGACUCAGAAACUCCUAGAGAACCAACAUUUAAGCAGUUUGCAAAAAUUCUGUGAUGAAGUUAAUCAGAUAACCAAUUCUGAAACUCUCUCAAGUGUAGACAGCCUUGAGGCUGCAGAGCGGGAAGAGAUCUACUUAACACUUAGCAUGGCUCCUUCCACAUCAAGCCAGCAGAAUUCUGUUCCCCUCAAGUCGGCGAAUCUGCAGUCAGCUCAUCUAAACUGCUUUGAUGAAGACAAUCUGUCAUUCUCUAAAACUCAGCAUAUAAACAAUUGGCUUACAAACUUAGAUGCUCAGAAUACUCAGCCUGUUGCAUCCUUUUCAGAUAUGUUCGGUAAAUCUAGUGUUCUUCCCUCGUGGGAAUGUUUGGCUAAUAAAGAACAGAAUCCACCUACUUUGAGCAGAGCCGUGGAGAGAACCACAGGAACUGCUAAUGACUCAGUGCUCUUGGUGUGCAGUCCUUCCGUAGUUGCUCUAGAUAAAAAAGGAGGAAACCCCUCCGAAAGUCACACUGUGAGGACCAGUGAUCCCGCUGAUGGAGCUCUCCAGAGGGAGAGGCCGUCAGGUGCCGAGAGCCCAACAUUUAAAGUCAGUAGAGCCUGGACUACUCCAGAAUCUCUGACCCAGGAAGCAGCUUCAUUUUCCAUCCAAGAGAGACUGUCUGAGUCAACUCAAGAAAAUAGAACUGCUUCCCUUCCUACUUCGUGUGUCCCUGUGCUGUCGCCCAGUUCACAGUCAGGUGGCCCUUUAUCAGAGGACAACACAUGUGUGAAAGAAAUGGAUCCCGUGCAGUGUUCUGAUAAGUUAUAUGAAAUGAAAGAUGUGAAAUGUGAAAAGAUGAACUAUUUUAACUGUAAUAAAGAAAAGUUGUCUCUAUUUUCAGAAAAUUUUCAGGCUACCUACGCACCUCAAAAUUCUAAUUCAAAAGAUAGGAAACAAAAAGCAAGUGGGCCAUCAGCACCACUGUGUGACGUAACCCCUGACUGUGACUCGCCUGACCAGCACGGCGUGAAGCCUAACGUCCACGAACAAAAUGGGGUGAGACUGCCUAAGAGCAUAUUAAAGAAAGACUCCAGAUACGAGCAUGAUUAUCUCAAGGCACUAGUUAUAAAUCAGGGUUUUAAGUUUAGACAUCAAAAGGCAGAAGCUAUUAGAGAUAGUAUUGAAUUAACAAGACAGAAAGGGAAAGGUACAGGAACCCCAAAGACUAUUAAGAAGCUGCGGUGGCUUGAUGAAAGUGGCAACGCAGAGAACUGUGCAGAUGGUGGCCCCCCAGUGAGGAGCAGGGCAGGGAUGGCGCCACAGUGGUUACAGUAUUGUCACACCAGCAGUGGCGCCCGCAGCCUAACAGCUGUUCCUGAUUGCCCUGCACAUUCUGCUGGUGGAAAGAAGGCCACGGAUGAUGGUGUCUCCGAAAAUGUUACUGAUCUAGGAGGGUGUGACACGGACAGUGUGCCCUUGAACUCUUCUAUACCUUCAGGCUAUAGCUUUGCUAAACAAGCCUGGUCAGGCUGCAAAAGAGAAGAGAACAAAGCCCCUGUACAUGCUGGUCCUAUACCUGCUGGUGACGCUAAGACUCCAAAGUCUAAGGCUCCAAGGGGAGCAAGGGUGACUAGAAGAAUGGGAUCUGCAAAGGUCCAAACAGGCCUUGUUCAUGUGAACAGAAAAGCCACUGUCAGCCAGCCACCAUCUUCAAACAAAGCCAACACGCUGGCCCAAACUCAGGGGAAACUAAUUAUACCUCAUCCUCCGCCUAAACCACCAACAAAUAUUAAAAGUAGUAAAACUGUGCAAGUGUCUUCUUGUCACUUAGCCACACCUGAACACUCCCAAAGCACCAUGACACAGAACUGUUUAAGUUCAUGUGUGCUUCCAACAGAGUGCCGUUUGAACCAGUGGACUCAGGAAAGUCGCCUCCCGUUCUCAGAUGCCUGUUCUGACCUACUCGCUGUGACCCCAGCCCUGCCAUCUCCUUACUCUCCAGAGUGCCAAACCUCAGCAAAAGGAAACCAUUCAAAUGGCCCUCACACAAGUUUCCAGCAAGACGGGACAGUAUAUUGUACCCAAAAAAGUCCUGUUUGUGAAGAGAGCUACAAGUCAUUGGUUCCUAGAAGCACCGAAGAAGAAUCAAUUUUCUCAUGGGGAAGAAGGAACCAUGAAUGCCAAAAUGAGAGAGCCACUGAUUCUGCUGUUACAAGAAGAAAACAAGUUGUUGAAAAUAAGUGGAGAAAGCUGUUAGAGCAGAAGAGAAAAGUCUCUGGAUCUAUAGGAAUGAAGUGCACCGAGCAAAUGAUUCAUUUUGGACAAACUGUUCAAAGUACAAGUGAGCCAAUACAAGCUACAAGAGGUCCCAAGACUGAAGAAGUUUCAGGUAGUACUUCUGAGUGUUCGGUACCAGAAAACCUCAUGAAUUCUUCCAUGCCUGAGGAUGACAUUCUGACUGCCGUGAACAGCAAGCAGCUACAGAAACCAAGUCUGUCCUCCAGUAAGCCCCAGCCAUCCAACAUCUGCACAGUGUCUGCUGAGGAAGAGAAGGUCUUGCAGUCCCUCCGCCAUCUCAAUGAAAGAUUGUACUAUGUACAAGAAGCCAUUUUCAAGAACCCAUCCAUCAAAAAUACUUUCCAGUUAAUACCACUUCUGAACAACCAGCCACGGGCCAGGCCGUCUCCUGAUGUCGGAUCCAGAGUGCAGAGAAAAUACUGAUCAACUGUGACAGUUACUAUUUAGUGAAGUUAUUUUUUGAGAAUUCUGUAAAUAAAUUCUGUAUUUCUGCAUUUGUUAAUGAUUUUAAAUACUAGACUUUUAUGUUUAUAAAAGUAAAUCUUAAUGUAGGUAAUGGAAAUGAAUUUACUGGCUUAUAUUUAUGCUACAAAUUAUACUUUAUUAUGUAUUUUCUUGAUACAUUUUUAAUGAAUGAAAUACUUCAUUGUUUUCAAUAAGCAUGCUAAUGGAUAUAAAUUUUCUCUAUGUAAAAAUAAAAGAGGCUAUUUUAUUAUUCAAAUUAUGUGUUAAGUGUGAUAGUGAAGCUUUGUUUUCUGAAAUUCUUAAUUCUAAUACGUUUUUGUACAAGUAUCCAAGAAGCUUAUAAUAAAUAGCAUCCCCCCAAAAUAAUAAAGCUAUUUGUUUAAGACUUUG